UUACAGGCGCACAAGGGAUAUUCAUAUGUACGUCCCAACAAGCAGCUGUCUCACCACGGUGGAUACGAUUACGAUCUUCGCGAUCAGUGGUCGAGCGCUGCGAUCCCCGGUGUGGCCGGGAAAGAUUAUCCAAUUUUCUAUCAAGUUCCGUGGACGCGAUUCACGUGCGAAUGGAAGUAUCCGGGCUAUUACGCCGACCCUGAGGCCGACUGCCAAGCGUAUCACAUCUGCCAACGCGGCGGGCGUAAAGACUCGUUCCUUUGUCCGAACGGCACGUUAUUCAAUCAGGAGAGGCUGGUCUGCACGUGGUGGUACACCGUGGAUUGCUCCCGCGCGCAAAGUUUCUACUCCAUUAACGAGGAGGUUGCAAAAGCAAUCGAGGAAGCUGAUAGACGCAUACACAAGCUGUCAUGGAGUUAUCAACGUAAAUCUAACGAGAAUAGAUCUUGCAAGAAGAAUUGGCCGAGUGAACGACGAGAAUGGAACAAAGACAGCACUCUAAUUCGUCAUAAUCAAGAUUUGGGUUUCCCUAAGCAAUUUCCCUACGAAACUUCUGCACGUCCUAAGUUUUCUUCUAAAACUUUGCCAAACGGCAAUUUCUAUUUGUCAAAAUCAAAUUACAAAGUCGGUGCCGAAUUUGACAAGCAAGCUUCGCACCAUCAACCAGCAUUUUAUCUACCUGUGUGAUUUGCAACUAAUCGAAAAGCGUUACACAUGCUAUUCAUAUUAUUUUAAGCAUUUUAUGUAAGCAUUAAUAAAUUAAGUAAUAAUUCUUUAAAAAUCGAGAGAAUUUUAAAACCAUUUAUUCACGCAUUUUAUAUUUAAUCGAGAUAUUCUAUUAAAGCAACAUAAUCUUUCAUUUAAACUAAUAAUAAUAGCUUUGCCUUUUAAAUUCAGCAGAAAAUGCAGUCGUUAACUCGAAAAUUGUGUUUUAAUGUUUAAAGGAAUUGUUGUAAAAUAUGGGAGAAGAUAGUAACAGUCUAAAUAAUGAAACUGCACAACCACAAAACUCCAGCAGGAUAUCGUUUAAGGAUUCUGAUUUCCUUAGCAUUCUGUUGGCCCAGUUAAAAGACUUAGAAUCGUGCCUCACCAAGUCAUGCUCUUUUCACGUAAUCAUUCGUACGUUGUAUAAAAUGUAAUUGCCUAAAGUAAUUGCGACUGACUGGUCGAGCAUAAAAUUUAAUUGCAAAUCACCUAAAUUGUGCACGUUGUUUAGAAUAAACUGUUCUGUGUGCAAAUAAAUUAUUUUGAGAAAAGAAUUCAUCAUUUUUUAAAAUUUACUAAUU